AUGUAUGACUUCAUCACCUUGGGCUCAUGCUGGAAGAUACCAUUGCAGCAGCACAGGGGUACAGCUCAAGAGUUACUACAGAGCAGACAUAGUUCCACAUGUACCUGCAAUGAUUUCUGGUACCAGAAACCUCUUUUAUUUUAUCGUUUUUGGUCUGUGGAUGACAAGCAGCUUCACACGGAGUCCAGUGCCCUUCAUUCUAUUGUGGUCGCCAAUUACGAGGAGACUAUCAAAAUGCCGCAUCAGGGAAGAAAAAGUCUCAGAUACAGGUUUCCAAAUUACAAGAACAAGGCAUGGAGUUCAUGUCAGUGCCGUCCCUACAAGAUCAAAGUUGCUGAAGAUAUUGACAAGUUGGAGGAAUUAAAGAUUUUGGUGGAUUACGAUGACAAAGGCUAUCUGCUGCAGAUCUUUACAAAACCAGUUCAGGACAGGCCGACUCCAUUUUUUGAAGUCAUCCAACGCCAUAAUCACCAGGGUUUUGGAGCUGGGAAUUUUAAAUCCUUAUUUCAAGCCAUAGGAGCGGACCAGGCUGCACAAGGAAACCUCACAGCUCUGACACCAAAUGGAGAUCUGGAAUUUCUGUCGGAAUGGAAGCCAAUGGUUAACAUUUACUUAUUCUAUAUGGCAAAAUUCUCUUUAAAGGAAAACUAUACCCCCUAAACAAUGCAGGUCUCUAUAAAAAUAUAUUGCAUCAAACUGCUCAUAUGUAAAA